UAUGAGCACUGUGUUCUAGCCAACUGAGCUAAUCAGUCAUUCCACAAUUCUCCUUUUUUAAAAAAGGCAGGGCAAAGAAAAGUGAUGAGUUGCCUUUUGUAGUCAGCCAGGAACGAGUAUGAGGCCACCUUCCCACCUGGCCGGCCAUCAUGACUCGUCCUCAGAAAUGUCAGCUGCUGGUGUCCGGGCCUGAGGGGCGCCCUACCACUAGGUCCUCAAUAAAGUGGAGCUCAUGCUGCCUGAGAAACUGAGGCCGUUAUACAACCAUCUGGCAGGUCCCCAAACAGUUUUUUUCUGGGCUCCAACUAUGAAAUGAGGGUUGGUGUGUGCUAGAUUGGCUGACACGGCCAGACCUGCGGAAAAACUCAGUACAGCUCAAUCUGCUGGUUUGAUGGCUACAGGGUUUAUUUGGUCAAAAUAGUCACUUGUCAUUAUCCCAAAACACUGGAGUCUUGUUAAUUUCUUCGCUGGGGCAGCAGGAGCCUCUCAGUUCUUCCGUAUUUGGAGAUACAACCAAGAUAUAACCAAGAACUACAAGCUAAAGCAAACAAGUAAGAGCUCUGGAUCAUUCAAACAACCUAGAUAUGAAUAUAACCACUGGGACUCAGUUUGAUUAAUUAUUUGGUUAUUGGUAAGGUGAUGCUAACUGCUCAUGACUAGAAGGCAUAAAAAAAAAAAUCUAAGGGCCGGCCGAGU